AUGACCCCUACAUUGUCCAUGCUCCUAGGGACGAAUGAUUGUCCUAGUUCGCAUCAGUAUGGAGCUCUGCUCACCUCAAAAGGCAAGGUUGAGGAUGCCUUGCACGAAAUCGAUAUGAUCAUGACACAUCUCGAACACGGACGCCGUCAACUUCAGGACAUUCAUCAAAGUCAUCGCAGCGUCAUGUCCCCUAUUCGCCGCCUUCCUGUUGAGAUUCUUGCAAGAAUCUUCGCGUUAUCCACCUGCUCAUUCUACGAUGUAUUUGAUCCUCACCUCAAGGAUGGGCCAUGGACCUUAUCCAAAGUUUGUUCCGGAUGGCGUGUGGUGGCAACGAGAUGCUGUCCGAAGAUGUGGAAGAACAUGAACAUCGCAUGCAAGGUCGCUCCAAGAGAUCCCGAAGCAUUGCUGCGCUUGGUGUUCUCGCAAUGUCGAGAUGAUCCUCUCCACAUCCGAAUUGGCGAGAUAGGCGAAGCCCUUAUCGCUCUUCUUCCUAUUAUCAUGGAAGAAUCGCGUCGCUGGAGGACCUUCGAAGUUUCCUAUCCAAACCCUAAGCUGGUGGAUGUACUUCAGACCGUACAAGGGAAACUAGACAUCCUCGAAUCUCUGAGACUCCAUAUGCCUAAUGACGCUGGUCAAACGCUCACUAGGACGUUUGAAGUUGCCCCCAAACUGACGAGGGUCGAGUUGAUGAAUCGGAAGGGGGAAAUGCAGAUUUCGUUGCCUUUCUCGCAGCUCCUGACCUACAUCGAUGACAGUUAUCCUCGAGUAGCGGGAAUGAGUUCCGCUGAGUACUUCCUGAACAUUCUUAAAAAGUCUCCUCGUCUCUUCAAAUUCCAUGCCGGGCGUUAUUUAUGGUUCCUUGGACAACAUACUAUCGUCCACCCAGCUGUUGUUCCUCCCAUUGUUCACGAAUCGCUAGAAGAACUGUCGUCGUAUGAUCCUGCAUUACUUCGGAGUGUUUUGCUACCCAAACUGAAGGUAUUGAAGAUGGAGACUCCAGACGGGAAAUAUUCGUUAAGGACACCGCUACUUGCACUAUGCGAGCUCAUUAUCAAUUCCAACUGCUCUCUAACCAGUCUGACACUGAGAAAUGUUGCACUUGGGGGUUGGAAGGAUGUUCUGGUGUUAACUCCAUGUCUGACGACGCUGGAAGUGGUUAUGCGGCAUGCCUUUGGUGCAUAUACUGCAGGCUUUUUGUCUGGUUUGGUCGGAGGGUUGGCCGAGAGGGGAAAGGACCCAGAAGAUUCUUCGCAAUAUGUUAUCGUCCCGCUUCUCAACAACCUGACGAUCGAGGUUGCCGAUACAUCCGGUGACUCGAUAAUCUACUAUGGCUUUUUCAAUCGCGACUUUGUGGACAUGGUCGCAUCGAGGUAUCAUUCAGCGGCCUUGCAGCACAUCCGGGUUGUCGCACAAAGCAAUGGUCCUAACGAAGGCAUCGACUUUUGGAGGUUUGGAUCUGACGAGUUCAGGUGGAUGGAGAAGCUACGGAGUGAUGGACUCAAGAUAUCUGUCUUCGAAGAAAUUGGGCAGGGUAGGGAGCCGAUAAAGCAUUUGGUAACCGAAGAAUGA